AUGUCUUUAUUUGUUUCUUCAGACGAUGAAGCGCCAGACGACAUCCACAGAGCUCACUCAAUACCGCUGCGCCAGAGACUACUUCUGCGCACGUCGAUGACUACUGCGUCUUCAUCAACCACGUCUCGCAAAUCGAUAACAUUCACAGCAUCAACCACGCAAAUCCAGCACUUGUGUGAAACUUUGCAAAGCUUGCUAUCUAUCAACAACCAGACAAUCAUCACGAUAAAGUCAACAGGUCUAGCAUUGUACUCAACAUACAACUACAUCACCAAUGUCCACGUCAACAUCGAUCCAUCGCUAUUCAACAUCUACAAUAUUUCCUCUAGGCGCGACAAUGAUCCAACGCAGGAAGAUGAGCUGGAGGAGCUGCAGUUGCGACUAGGGGUCGACAUCAACUUAAUUGCCGAUUGCUUUGCCUCAGUCAUGAGCACGCUCAAGUUCGAGUCAGCAGUUACCUGCUACUUGACCUACCACGGAGACGGCCACCCGUUGAUCAUCGAGUUUGAAGAUUCGUACAUUUCGGAAAAAUUGGAAUUCUACACUUUUUACGUCGAUGAAGCCGAUAUCGAAACACUGGAGUACAGCUUGAGCAUAGACCACGAGAAAAUCAUUAUGGAAGUCAUGGUGAAAAGCGACGUCUUGACCAACUUGUUGCAAGACUUGAACCAAAUCGGUACCGAGAUUUUGUUCAUCUACUGUGCCGAGAACGUGUUGAACUUUAUCAGUUCCGGACCCAUAGGCGUAUCAAAGCUAAUUUUCCCCAAUGAAAAGACGAUAUUGGAGAAACUUUACUUGGGCAACAACCACCAGCACGUGAUAUCACAGUUCAAUUUCGACGAUUUCUAUCGAAUAUUCAAAGCUGUCAAACUCAGCUCGAAAUGCAAGAUUGUCAAGGACUCAAACGGGUGCUUCUCAAUCCAACUCAUCUGUAAAAACCACCAGCAAAACUCGUAUGUGGGGACCUUGCUAACCAUCAACAUGACGGAAAUGCUCCACGAUGACGAAAUGGUGGAAUCAAUCCUACAAGAUGAGCAGAUCCAAGCAGAACCCGCUGAACCCACCAAACCGGUGCGCCCUCGCGAAAAGAGCCCACAGGCUUUAAGCAGGUCAGUGAUACCUGACCUCACCAUUAAAGCCAACGAACCCUUGUUUAACUCGUUCAAGAGAGCAAGACCGUCAGAUGCUGCCGCGCGUGCACGUAGCCCCACUAGAGGAAACGAAGAUGCGCCUUCAAAACGAAACCGUCAAGAGUCCACACGAAGAUCCAAUCGACCCGAAGGAUUGCCUUUAUUUCUAUAG